AUGGACAUUUCACAUAUGAAAACUUUUAGGGAAAAGAAGGAAGCUUUAAAGCAUGUUCAAGGAGAUUAUGCUAGCCAAUACAGGUUGUUGAGGGAUUACGUUUUAGAGGUACAUGCACGUAAUCCAGAUACUACAGUUAAAAUUGAUGUUGAAAGUGAAGAGAAUCCAACUGCUGAGACAAGAACAUUUAGACGUAUCUAUGUUUGCAUUGGAGCUUUGAAGCAAGGUUUUUCAGCGGGAAGAAGGGACUUUCUUGGACUUGAUGGAGCCUUCAUGAAAGGUCCAUAUCCAGGCCAAAUCUUGUCUGCUGUGGCAUUGGAUGGUAAUAAUGGGAUAUAUCCUUUAGCCUACGUUGUGGUUGAAUCAGAAACAUUGAAUUCUUGGACUUGGUUUUUAAGUAAUUUGGGUGAUGACUUAGGAUUGGGAACCAAUUCCAAUUUGACGUUUAUGAGUGACAGGCAAAAGUUUCAUCAAGCAAUGGAAAAACUAAAGAAGCUUAACAAUGAUGCUUACGAGUGGCUGAAACAAAUACCUCCUCAAAGUUGGGCUUGCUCUCACUUUAAUGGGAGAGCACAUUAUGAUGCCCUGUCUAAUAAUCUGUGUGAAGCAUUUAACAGCAAGCUAGAAGAAGGUCAUGAUGCACCAAUCAUUAACUGCAUUGAGUUCAAUAGAGAGUACAUUAUGAAGAAGAUAGUCAAAGUUGACAAGGAAAUUCAGAAAGUUGUAGGUCCUUUGACUCCUACAGCUACAACAAUAUUGGAUAAGAUAAAGAGUAAGGUAGAACAGUAUAUUGCAACAUUUUAUGGUGAUGGAAAAUAUCAAGUUGUUGGACCUUGGCAAGAUCAGUGUAUUGUGGAUGUAGGUGUACAAAGUUGCACAUGCAAAAGGUGGGAAUUAACAGGAAUACCGUGUAAACAUGGUGUGGCUGCUAUUUGGGACAUGGGGAGGAAUAAUAAGGAUGUGGUUAGUCCAAUCAAUGGAAGGUCCAUGUGGGAGAAGUCCGGUAUACCAACAACUUUGUUGCCUCCAAAACAUUGUGUUCCCAUAGGAAGACCAAAGAAGAAGAGAACGAUAUCAACUGUGGAAAAGGAGGACUUUGUUAGAGGAGACACAACAUCGAGAGUCCAUAGAUCAGUAACAUGUAAGAAGUGUAACAAUGUUGGUCACAAUGCAAGAACCUACAAAGGGCAAAGACCAAUUGUUGGUGGGGGUGGUGAACAGUCAAAAGUCAAAGGAAAAGGGAAGGAAACAACUUGA